AAUGAGUUCUUCAUCGACGACGACGACGACRAAAAAGUCUGAUACAAAAGACACCAAAAAAUAUGAUAAUAUGUUUCGUAUUUUUGCUAAAGAAGGCAACGAAGGGUUUGGUAUCAAAGAGUUGUCUGAUGUCGUGCAAUACUACGGUAUUGAGACCAACGAUCGUGAGCUCCGGGAGAUGAUGUUUGAGUUGGAUUCAUUUGGUACCGACACUGUGACAUUCAAUCAAUUUGUCAAAUUGGCGACAAAGAAGAUGAAAGACUCGGAAGCAGAGGAAGACUUGAGAAAUGCGUUCCGUGUUUUGGAUAAAGAGGGCAACGGAUUCAUAUCAAUCGAUGAAUUCAAACAAACAAUGAGUGAGAGGUUGAGUACUGAAGAAAUUAAUGAACUGAUACUUGAAGUGGAUUUGGGAGACAAUCGUGAAAUCAAUUACGAAGAACUCAUCACUGUUUGGGUAUCGGUUUCCAAAUAG